CUUAUAUUAUAACUGUUGCAAUAAUUAAGUAGUGCAUCCAAAAAAAUCAAUCGUAAAACGAGUUACAUGUUCCUAGCUUAAAGAUCUAGCAUCUUAUUUUUUUUGUUUUCUAACCACAGGAAUUUAAAGCUGGUUCGGUGGCUGUGCGACGCCAUUGGGGAAGUUCACAACUACGGACCCGGAUACGACAUGUUCUGUGACGUCACCUGUGACAACAGUCUAUGAGAUCAGAAAAAUUGCGUCACCGACCGAUCCCUAGAAACCGGAGUUCGAAGUGUGGAUCAGAAACGCCGUUACCCAGGCCUCUAUCGACUUCAAUGACUAGGCUGUUCCGCUGCCGCUAACAAUCAAGUGCACAGACGGAAACGUUGUCAAUGACAUCACGGGGAUGUUUAACGUCAACAUCGUCGACUCGCCACCGGUUUUCACUGCACUGCCUGCUACCGGAUCUAACAUUUUCGACGGUCUCAAACAGGCCACCGAAACCCUUCACACAUUCAGCGUCACCGAUAGCGACGACACCGUUACGUGCUCUGCAAGAGCGCCGGAAAACGCCCUUUCUGAAGUGGUCGCCGGCGUGGCACCAAGAUUUACAGUUAACGUAAGGAUGGGGGUUACGCUAAGAGCAGAGAACGGACCUUACGUCAUCAACGUCGACUGCUCAGAUGGCGACAAUGACGUCACUGCGACGUUCACACAACCAGUGAUGGAUACGCCGCCGACCGUUGUAUCCGGGAUCCCCUGAAGUUCCCCAACGUAUCUGACGCCACUGUCACGCAGACGUUACUCGGGAAGUUUACAACUACAGACCCAGAUACGGCGCGCUCUAUGACGUCACCAUCCACCACCGUGUAUGAGAUCAGAAAUGUGACGUCACCGGUGAAUGUUUCUCAGCCAGGAAAUCCUCCAGUUAGGAUAAGAAGUUUAUUGCGGCUGAUGUUGACACAUAUCUCUAUGAGGUUAGGGGAAACAUUGGUGAACGCUGCCUGCCCGACAACACGAAAAUGUUGGCUCUGUACAAGGUCAACCCCAACGCUGAGUGGGUCUUGAAACACAGACAACGCAUGAAAGCCGAUUAACCGCAUCUUAAAAUUGUUCGACAGAGACUGAAAUUUUGCUGGCAGAGAGAAUGGGCAAAACCUCGUAUUUAGCGGUUCUGACAAAAGCCCUCCAUCCCAUUUCUGUGUAUAGCUCUCAUUUCCAUUUAGAGCUCCAAUAACUAUUUUGAGCUCCCAUUUCUAUUUAGAGCUCACUUGUGUUUUUAGAGCCCUAAUGUCUGUUUAGAGCUCCAAUUUAUAUGUAUUACUCCCAUUACUAUUUAAAGCUUCUUUGUUAUUGUAUGUUUUCUGCAAAGUAUUAUACAUGUAUUAUAAUUACUGAUGCUGGCCCUUUUUGACCCAUAUCCGAAAGUGUUGUCUCAUUACAUUUAAUGUUAUGUGCAUCACAAAUGUUGCGCUAAGUUAUUUCGUGUG